UUCUGAUUCCGGAAAGACACUCCUGUCACUGGUAUCCGGGAGAACCACUUCCCAGUGAUAUGAGAAGAGAUAGAAUCUGAUCCCGAGGGUGGAAGUGGCAACCAGUGAGCCAGUUUGUUGAAGUAAAUGAUGGCUGCAACAAGGAGCCCCCAGGCAGACCCAUCCCCAAGCAAGGACUGCACACAGGGACAGAAAUCAGCCCUUCAUAGCAAAAGGCCUGACUAUGAAGCUUCCCGCCAGCGCUUCAGGCAGUUCUGCUACCAGGAGGUAGCUGGCCCCCAUGAAGCUUUUAGCAAACUCUGGGAACUCUGUUGUCAGUGGCUGAGGCCUAAGACACACUCAAAAGAGCAAAUUCUGGAGCUGUUGGUUUUGGAGCAGUUUCUGACCAUCUUGCCAGAGGAGAUCCGGACCUGGGUGAGGGAGCAGUGUCCAGAAAAUGGCGGGGAAGCUGUGGCUCUGGUUGAGGAUGUACAGAGAGCGCCUGGGCAACAGGUCCUGGAUUCUGGGAAAGACUUGAGAGUGCUCUUUGAGGAGACGGCGCCUUUAGGAGGAGCCAGAGAAUCACUGAGAUCCCACCUGAAACAGAGGGUUCAUCCAGGGGAACGGAAUUUGAAGGGGUCACAGAGCUCACACCAUAGACCAUGUGAACAGUCAGAAGCCUGGCUUACUCCGCAGGCUCCUAGGAACCUUCCCCAGAAGAGGGGUCUUCAAGACCAGGAGACAGGUGCUGUGCUCUGGAUAGAAGGGGCCCAGGGACCAAUCAUGUGUGAGGACAGCGCCAUAUCCCUCUGUCAGGAAGGACAGACGCACUGUGGCCCUGCACAGAGGGCCCUCUACAGGGGUGUUACGCAGAAGAAUGACAGAUAUGUCUCGCUGGCCACAGGUGUGCACUGGGGCUAUGAAGAGACCAAGACACUCCUGGCCGUUCUCAGUAAUUCUGAGUUUCAUGAAAAACCCCUGACCCGUGAGCAGAUCAUCCAGAUCUACAGGGCCGCAGCAGAACAAGUGCAGGAGCAGGGCUUUCUGCGGACCGCAGAGCAGUGUCGCACUAAGGUCAAAAUCCUACAGUCGCGUUACCACAAAGUGAGGAGAGGCCAUGUGCCUGAGCCUUGUAUCUUUCAUGAGGAAAUGGAUGCCCUUUCAAGCUCCUGGUCCUCUGCAGCAACUGUGGCAAGUGAUGCUGUUCCUGGCCAAGAGGGAAGUGAUAUGGAGGCUGGAGAGCUGAGUCUGCAGAACAGGGAGCCCACAGAGGUUGGAGAAGGUACCACUGUGGGUGCUGCAGCAGGGGAUGAAAAGGACUUCAGGGAUCCUGGCCAGGAAGUUAGCAGAUUUGACCUGUCAGUCCUGUUCCCAAACAGACUUGAUUUUGAGAUCAAGAAUGAGAUUAAAAAGAAGAAUCUGAAAUGGAAUGACUCAGAGGAAGCAGACAUGAACAAGGCUUUACAGAGAAAGUCUAGUGAAGUUUUUUGGCACUCUGAGCUAAAAAGAGGCUGGAAGGGUGAACCAAUGUCAAGAAGGCAACAUAGAUGUUCUCCGGGGGAGAGUGAGGAGAAACCCCCAUCCCAGGAGAGGAUGAGUCACCAGAGACUUCCUACUUGGAAGAAGGCCUGUGCACAUCUCCUGUGUGGGAGAAAGUGCUCUCAGAGUUCUCCCUCUCACCACCAGCCAGCUCCUGAACUGGAAAAAACUUCUCAAUGUCACGAAUGUGGGAAAAGCUUUAGCCGAGGUUCUUAUCUUGUUCGGCAUCAGAGAGUCCACACAGGAGAGAAGCCUCACAAGUGCAGUGAAUGUGGGAAGGGCUUUAGUGAGCGCUCCAACCUCACGGCACACCUAAGAACUCACACAGGGGAGAGACCCUAUUGGUGUGGGGAAUGUGGGAAAAGCUUCAACCAGAGCUCCAGCCUCGUUGUCCACCAGAGGACGCACACUGGGGAGAAGCCUUAUCAGUGCACUGUCUGUGGAAAGAGAUUCAACAACAGUUCCCAGUGUAGCACCCACCGGCGAGUCCACACUGGGGAGAGCCUGUACAAGUGUGUUCAGUGUGGGAAAACCUUCAACAACAGCUCUCACUUCAGGGCCCACCAGAAAACCCACACUGGGGGAAAGCCUUACAGGUGUUCUCACUGUGCAAAAAGCUUCACCAAGAACUCUGCCCUCACCCGCCAUUGGGGGGUACACAUGAAAGAGAUACUCACAUCACAGGAAGGAGGAGAGAUGCCAUGAGUGUGCAGGAAACCUGACAGAUUAAUUCUUUAGGUCAACAUAUGUUCCUUAGAGCUUCCUUCUGCUUAUGGAGAGUUCUACUAGCCAAUCCCUGGCUUAGCAGUAGAGUCAUUGAAAACCAGUUAAGCACUUAAGAACCCUGCCCAGCAGUAAGAAUCAGGAUAAGAAUGAUGAACUCUUUCUAGCUCUGCCCUCAACUCCAAAGUCCUGUCUCACUGGACUUCAGUUUUGCUUAAAGGUAAGAAGGCUUUAGGAUCCAUAAGUCCUGCGAGGAAACCAGGGUAUCUUUCUUCUGAACAGACAGUGGGUGGCCAGUGGCCUGAAAAGUGUUUCUGGGCCAUGCCAGGGAAGGAUUUGUUUCUCAUGGUGGGAAGCAACACCUAGAAGUUAACAGCCUGGAUCUAUACUAAACCAAUAAUUGACCUCUAUGCC